AUGACAGCUGAAAUUGUGAAACAGAAAUGGAAGAACCUGCGUGAUUCUUAUAUAAAAUAUAUAAAUUAUUUAAAAGGAUCUACCGGAUCUGGCAAAAAAUACAAAAAUUGGCAUUUGGAAUUUUUGAGAGAUACAGUAGCACCACGAGCAACGACUUCAAACGUAUCAGUAUCACAGAUCCACGAAAUAUCGAUCACUGAUGAAGAUAAUGAGCCGGGUGAGUCUGAUAGUGAAAAUGUAACUUCCCCAACGCAAAUUUCACCACCUAAGAGAACAACCAAACGGAAAGAACUAACAGAAGAUGUGGCUGCGGUACUGCGGAAAACAAAAAUUAGCAAUAAAACUCAUACAAAACUCGACCACAUUGACAAUCUCUUCUUGUCGUACUUGGUACGUUUAAGACAUUUUCGUCAAGAACGCAAGCUGUCCUUAAAAUGUCACAGUUAUAUGGACGAGCUGAACUUAAUGAGGUUGACAGUCAUAAUUCAACACGCUCCUCUCCAAUGUACUCCACAACUUCGUCUUGGUCAGAUGUCAACUCAAACCAAGUUUGCUGAAAAUGACACUGGUAAUGCUAUUCAAGCACUCAACUAUUCCAACGUAUACACAGAUGUCAACCCAAACGAAGCAGCUGAAAAUGACACUGGUAAUGCUAAUCAAUCACUCAACUAUUCAAACAUACAUACACACCCCAAAUCAACAAAUUCUUUGGUACUAGGAUCAUACCCGAUUCGUACUCAGUCGACUAAAGAUUUGUAUGAAAACGUAUCAAAGUUUAUUGCUACACAGCCGAAAAACAACUACUAA